CUGGAGUAAUAAUGUGCAGCCGAGUAGAGCCCGCCACCGCAACAUGAAUGAACGUGACAUUAGUAGUGCGCUGUAGUGCGUAAUUCCGUAGAAAUUGAUGUGGUCCUUUAAAAUUUAAAUGCCUUUUGUCGUCUUUCGUCGAUUUUUGUCUAAAUUUUUUAAACUAAUGCGACACGACAAUGUCGGAACAGCAGUGCAUAUCGAAACAUGUCAAGUUCAGUGAAAUAAGUGCCGUCCUGGAGAAACUCAAGGCAGCCGGACCAUCGUCGUCCAACAAGAAGGACGAAAUCCUGCGGCGCUACUUUGAAUCGUUCGAACAGUUUCGACGGGAAUAUCGCCAGAAGUAUGGAGACAAUUCGAAUACCAGCAUAUUUCAUAUCCUGCGGUUGCUGCUUCCAGCCGCCGAUCGGGAGCGGGAUUCCUACGGCAUCCGGGUAAAAACUCUGCGAGACCUGUACAUCAAGAUACUGGGUAUCAGCGAAACGAGCAUCGAGGCCCGCAAAUUAUCCGGGUUUGACGAAUCCGGCACCGGUAGCAAUGGGAGCAGCGGCGAUUUUGCCGAUCGCAUUUUCACGUUGAUGCGCGGACGUUGCCCGGAGGAGUGCCACAUGACCGUUUGGGACGUCAACCAGCACCUGGAUGCCAUGGGGCAGCACUACCAGAAUGGACGCCGCAGCAAAACGCAGGACGAGCUCAUACAGAUGGUGCACGGCAUGACGCAGCUGGAUCAGAAGUGGCUGAUCCGGAUUAUACUGAAGAAUCUGCGGCUGGGGAUGAGCCAGACGAAGCUGCUGGGUCUGUAUCAUCCCAAGGCGGGGGCUUUGUUCGAUAGGUUCAGUCAUCUGUCUAAGGUUUGCGAGGCGGUCGAGAGUGGCGAAGGUUUGGAAGAAGUCGGGGAACCUGGCGUGGGAAUGGCUGUUCGGUUAUUCAAUCCUGUAAAACCCAUGCUGUGCCAAAGAGUAGAUCUCAAGCUGGUGGAUGGCAUGCUGAAGAAGGACGAAUUCUGGCUGGAAACUAAAAUGGACGGCGAGAGGUUCCAAAUUCAUAAAGAAGGACAGGUAUAUAAAUACUUCUCCAGGAACAGCUAUGAGUAUAGUCAUGUUUUUGGAGAGAACGCAAACCAACCUGGAGCCACGUUGACUCCGUAUUUGUCGAAUCUGUUGGCUAUGACUGUUCAAAGCGUGAUACUGGAUGGAGAAAUGAUGGUGUUCGACAAAAGUGAGCUAAUCUAUCGAGAUAAAAGCGAGAACACUGAUGUCAAGGCAAUCAAAGCGAGUAAUGCUGAGUUGAGACCAUGCUUCUGCGUCUACGAUGUGCUGUUCUUGAAUGGGAAAUGCUUGAUAAUGGUGCCUUAUGCGGAAAGAUUUCGAUUGUUGAAGACAAUCAUCAAAGAGAAAGUGGGAUUUGUAGCGAUUUGUCAUCGAAUCAAAGUUAAGAAUAGUGAACAUCUCGUGGAAUUGCUAAACCAGGCCAUAGAUGCCCACCAGGAAGGUGUCGUUAUCAAGAAAGAGAACUCGGUUUAUAGUCCAAACGAGCGAAAUGCCGGAUGGUACAAAAUUAAACCAGACUACAUCGAUAACAUGGUUUCUGAUUUCGACCUACUGAUCAUAGGUGGUUUCUACAAUUUCAAACGAACGUUCAUCAACACUUUUCUCGUCGGAGUCAUGGAUGAUCGCGAUAGGGAAAACCCGGUCUUCCUGGCAGUCACCAAGGUCGGCAUAGGGCUCUCGAAUGACCAAUGGAAGCAGCUGAACAGCUCACUUCGACAGCACUGGCAAGAGGUCGUAGCUAGAAAAGAAGGUCGUACAAGAGUCACCGAAGAACCGCCAGAACUACGAUGGGGUCAAACCCCACCGGACGUAUGGAUCCAUCCCAAGCAUUCCAUUGUGCUGCAAUUGAAGGGCUCCGAACUGGUUCAAACUUCGUCCUUCGCAACGACUUACACCAUCAGGUUCCCUCGCAUUACGGCCAUUCGGAGCGAUAAGACCUAUACCGAUGUAACGAGCAAGGACGAGUAUGAUCAACUCUGUGCAGCCAACACCAAGGUAGCAAAACUUGCCAAACGACACGUGACUGUCGACGACCUUGUUCCAGAUCCUCAGAAUUCCUCAAAUCUACCGGGUAGGAAACGGAAGAAAACAUCUCCACUGCAAAGAACUCGUUCAACCAGACUUCAUCUGAGCGUCAACCACAUCGAUGAAUCAACAGUGGACCUCAUCGACAACGUCUGCUCAGGGUUGGAUUUCUGCAUUCUGAGCACUUCCAAGGGACAACCUUCAACAGCUGAUCUGGAGAAAAUUAUACGUCGCCACGGGGGCAGAAUUGUUAAAAACCCCGGCCCAAAAACGUACCUAACAAUCGCCGGGGACCGCACAUUUCUGGUGAACCGAAUCAUCGACAGUCAAGUGUACAACGUGGCCACCGUUGAUUGGCUGAUGCGUGCCCUGGGUGGUUCAGAAAAGAAAGAAAAACUUUUAACGUUGAAGCCCAACGACAUGCUGGCCACCACCGCGACCUUACGUGAAGAGUUGUCCGACAAUUUCGACCGAUACGGAGACUCACUAACAAUCAAGAUAUCGAGUGUGGACGAAAUGCGAGCACUGCUGAAGCAGAUGACCCUAGACAAGGAGCAAUUAUCAGUCGAGGAGCUACAAAAAGGCCACUUGGAAAUUCUUGGCAAACGUUCCGGUUUUCGGAUAUUUCAAGGGCUUGUUGGGCAAUUGUAUCAGGAAAACUUGAAAACGGACAUCGAACUGUACAGGGCCAAGUUUCGGAUGUUGAAGUUCGUUCGAAACGGUGGCCAGUGGCUUACCGAACCGCACUCGAGAGGAAUAACGACCGUGUUGGUGGCACAGAAUGAUGAUUUAGAUCGGUCGCACUUGCAGCAGUGGAUGGAUAAUUUUGCCGAGCAAAACCGUGCUGCUGAUGUACUGCGAAUCGAUUGGAUUGAAAGUAGUCUGUGUGAGAAACGUACUUGUGAUAAACAGUUGUUUAGAGUUUUAUAAAUAUGUGAGAGUUUUGAUGUUUUAUAUCUUGAUCAGUAUCUAUUAGAAUA